CACAGUCUUACGAUGUAAGUGUACGUUGUGAUGUGUGCAACCCUCACAUACCUACCUCACAUAUGCCUACCUAGGUAGAUACAGUGCGAUUGUGCCCCCGAAGUGACCGAGGGGACCUCAUGGGACCUAUAAGGGACCUAUAAGCACCCCGAGGGGCCUAGCACACCACCACGCCUGGCCAGAGGGACGAUAGCAGGCUAGACCUAUUUGAGUUAGUGGAGAACAACCCAAAGUGCGUACGUGGAACUGCGCAAAGCCAAAACGUGCAAAACACCUGAACUCAAGGCACUGGUAUUCCUUCACGACAACUGAUUCAAACGGCUCCAAGAUAGACACUUUGAUUCCGGCGGGUAUAUUCUAUUUUCUACAAUCCUCUCUCAUCAUCCCCCGCCGCUAUCAAGUCGGUUACCAUGUCGGCAUUCUCUCGACUUCUGGUCCUGAUCGGCAUCCUUUCCCUAUUCCAUGCAGCCUAUUCCGCCCACGAAUUCGCUGCCCUGAGUAACAAGCUUCACAAAAAUGCCCAACUACCUCUCGACAUCAAACUCGAAACCCUCGUCUCAGUCUUCUUAGCCUCGGUGGGCCUAGUCCUGGGCUCUGACUCUCUGAAACCUAUCAGCUGGAAUGCUUGGGCCGGCAACAUCGAAAAGCACGGUCUCGCAAAUCCUUUCCACGCAUUCGAGGAAAGAGUGGGUUUCAUGGAUAUCCGAGCUCAGAGGAAGGAGUUUGCAAAUUGGGCUCGUCAACAAGCAGGAUCUCCCAAGAGUUGAAAACAGCCUCGUGUCCAUUCCCAGCGUCAUCCAUUCCAGCUCUCAAUUCCUAGCGACUUGCGCCAUUCUUAAUCGCGACGAGAACGAUUUCCUACAAACCCCAAAAUAACAUAGACCGCAAUGUACUCUCGAAUAAUGACUUGACGUCCUUAACCACGUUUCGCCGCGACGAUUCCUAUUUACCCUGACAUCAGGAUCAUAUCUGCAGAAACAGAUGGACAUUUGCACAGUUCCAUUACAAAGUUAUAGAAUCUUGAAGUAAGCCCAGGCUGCAAGAAUGAACACUCGACAAGUGAUGGAUUCAACAAUUCUAUUCGGACUAUAUUGUCCGACUGAUAGAAACAAGACUCCACGCCAG